GGCGGGCAAACGUUUUAUUUCAUGAAAUAAAACCGUAGUUUGCUCAGGUCACUUCUCUCAGCCGCCGAUUUGCCGACCGCCAACGCGGAAAUGUGUUUACUAGGCAGUUACGUUGAUGUGUGAAGGAAGCGUGACGAGCACACGAGGGGACAGUCCAACGACAGUAAAUGAGAGGAUCACUGUCACACUGACCGUUUGGAUGGAAAGAGAGGUGGCUUUUGGAGGACAGAGUGAUACAUACAGUCAAUGCCUGAACAGCCCGCUUGCGCUCUCUCAUUUUACCGGCAAGUCGCACCAUCUCAUUCAUGACACGCUUACUAUCUAAUUAAGACAAAAACACACAUACAGAAACACACCAGCCAUGGCUGAGCAGCAGGAGGGCCAGGAGAGUGUUUCUGUGGAACAUCAGUACAUGUGCAGCGAGUGCUUUCAGCUCUUCAACACUUUGGAGGAUGUGUUGGUACACCAGCAGAUUCAUAACGAGCAAGAAGGAGAUGCAGAAGGCGAAGCGGUUGAGACUGUGACUUUCCAGGGUUUUUCCGGGAUGGGUGACAAUCAGCAGUACCAGUGUCUGGAGUGUGGGGUCAUCCUCAUGAACCCAGAGGCGCUGCUUCAGCACCAGGAGAUGCACAUGAGUGAGGCUGGCAUGGAAGUGGAACAACAAGAGCUGUGUGAGGUUCACGAGACAGAGGAAGGAGGGUCAGAGGCCCAGGUUUCAGGGCCAGUCCAGUACCAGUGUCUGGACUGCCUGGCUCUAUUUGACUCACCUGAGGUGUGGUUGGAACAUAGACAGACCCACAGCAGGAGCAGCACACAUAGUAACCCUGAGACCUUGGAAUAUGUGCUGCAGCCCGAUGGUACCAUCACUCCUUUUAACAGUGUGCAGAACUUUGUGUUGAGUGAGCAGCAGGCGGGGGAAAUCUUGGCACAGGUUCUUGGCCAGAAACAACAGCAACAAAGACAACAGCAGAAGAAACACCAGCCACCUACUAAGCUCUCCACACCCCCUCGCUCCUCCUUGCUGCCUCCAGUGUCUGCAGCACCUGGGUCAGCCACCAUGCAUCUGCAGAUCCUCACAGCCAAGGCUUUGGCAGAUGGCUCCAACACCUCCAGCCAGCGGCAAACCAAGGUAUUGCCCCCUCUGCUGCCUGCCCUUGGGUCGGGCGCCUCAAGAAAGCUGGCUGUCAUGGAGAAUGGCAUUCAGAGACUGGAAUUGAGGCUGGCCCCUAGCAUCCAGAGUGACCAGCAGCAGCAGCAGCAGCCAACAGAGGUGGUGGUCAUCCACCCUUAUGAAUGCUCCGAGUGCUCCCUUCUCUUCCAGACCCCCGAGGACUUGCUUCAGCAUCAGGGAGAGCACUUUUUGGGUCAGGACAAGGAGAGCGGGGAGGCGGGAGUCAUGAGCGGUGUUGAGGAAGUGCGAGGGAAGGAGGAUCCCCCAGAAAAGAUGGAUGAGAUCAGACUGAGGGUAUCUGAGAAGAAGGCAACAGUGUGGGCCAAGCCCCAACAGUGUGAGCUAUGCAACCGCACUUUUACCUCUGUCAACCGGCUCGCGGCUCACAAGCGCGUGCACGAGCAGGGCACACAUGAGUGCCCAGAGUGUGGAAAGGUGUUCAAGAAGACCACUUCACUGCAGACGCAUAUGCGCACUCACUCCGGAGUGGCCAGGUAUCUUUGUGUGGACUGUGGCCAUGGCUUCACCACUGAGAUGACUCUCAUUAUGCACAGGAAAUCCCACACUGCGGACCCCUUACACAAGUGUCAGUUCUGCAACAAGACUUUCACCAACAUGACCAAGUACCUGUACCACCGCCGAACCCACCUCAACCGUGACACAUCCAGCACACCCAGCCCCGUCUCCAUGGUCUCUGCUCCCACGAGGGCAUCUGCAUCUGCUCUGGCCAUCCUGCAGAGAGCCAGGGAGAAGAGGGAGGCAAACGUCAACCUGUUGGCCCCCCUCACAGAAAAGGAGAUGGAACAAAUGGCAGAGGAGCUGACAACUCAUUCUCAGACCACAGCAAAGGGAAACGAUGAGAAGACGCAUGGGGAGAAAAACAGUGUGGAAACCACUGCCUCAACCUCAGGCACCAGUACCGAUUCCCAGGAGGUUCACAAAAUCUCUGAGACUGACGUAGCAGCAAAUCCUGUUCCCCUGGAUGAAGCUGGUGGAAGUACCUCCUCUGUGUCUUCUGACCUAACAGGCACUGCUUCAACUGGGGUAGCUAAUAAGGGACUCUUCACUUGUCGGUCCUGCACCAAGAGCUUUCCUUCCAAGCUCCAGCUAGUCCACCACCGACGCAAGUCCCACGUCAUGGAGCGCAGCUUCCAGUGCAACAUCUGUAACAAGUCCUUUAAGAAGCAGAUUCAUGUGCGCAAUCACCUGCGCACGCACACUGGAGAACGACCCUUUCAGUGUUCAGACUGCGGUAAGACCUUCUCAUCCCUUGCAAACCUUAUGCGGCAUAACCUUAUCCACUCUGGUUUACGCCCUUACCAUUGUGAUGUCUGCCACCGUGCUUUCUCCCAGUCCUCCAACCUCCGCCAGCACAGUCUGCUUCACUCAAACUCCACCAAACUGCACUGCCCAGAUUGCCCUGCCACUUUUCAGUGGCCAGCCAAACUAGCAGCGCACCGCUACACGCAACAUCCAGGUGCCCCGGCCCCCUUCCCUUGUCCCCUCUGUGAGGCUGGCUUCUUGACCAGGAGGCAGAGGGACAACCACUGUCUGGAGCAGCACCUUGCCAAGUCCCAAGUCGAUAAAGGGGAAAAGGAGGGAGAGGAGACCUAUACCCAGGCAGAGCUAGGCAGGGAGUCGUCCACCUCAGCUGUAGGGGAGGGAGAGCCAGGGGCUUCUUCUGUUGUCAGCGGGGGGCUAGAUUGCACCAUAUGUGGGAAGAAACUCAAUUCCCCAGCCAACCUGAGACUUCAUCGACUAAGUCACUUUAACUUUGGCCCGGGACGGUCACGGAGUACCUCAGGGAAGCGACCCAAAGCCCACCAGUGCCCCGUCUGCGGCAAUCUGUUUGUUUCCUCUUCAGGAGUUGCACUCCACCAGCGAGUCCACACUGGCGAACGCCCCUUCCCUUGCCAGGUGUGUGGCAAGCGUUUCCGCCAGAACACACAUCUGCGAGAGCAUCUGCGCACACACUCGGGUGAGCGGCCAUUCCGCUGUGAGAUGUGUGGGAAGGGUUUCAUCCAGAGCAUGCACCUGGCCGAGCACCGGCGCACACACACCGGUGAGCGGCCGCAUGCAUGUCCACAGUGUGGCAAAGCUUUCAAGACCUUCUCCAACCUGAGGAACCACAAAAAGACCCAUGCAAGGCAACAGAGGCUGGAUGAAGAGGCUUCAGCCCAAGCUGCCACAGAGACCAGCUCGGCUGUGGCCCUAGUGGACACCACUGCCACGGAGCUAGCCAAUGGGCAGCCUCAGCUAAUCCAGAUCCAGGCCACAGAUCUUCAGCAGACUCAGGGAACCCCAACCAUCAUGUGUAAUGCAUUUGGGGAGACCAUAGCCAUCAUAGAGACCAGCGAGGGAGAAGUGCUGCCAUUGGAGCAGGCCCUGGAGAUCUACCAUACAGCCCUGGAGAAUAGCCUGGCCAUUGAUGUGGACAGACUGCAACUCCUCUGAGGAGUUGGGGAUCUGGAUUCGUUUACGCGAUCUAGAGGCCAGAAUUCAGCAGUUUUAUAGUGCUUUACUCGUGGUUUACAAAUAAUUUCUCUGCCUUGAGGUUCACGCACGUCAAUAGGUCACCUUUGUUGCAGAGUUCGGACUCAGUUAUCAGAACUGAGAUAACAGCUGAUGACUUUCUCUGGAUAAGAAAACCUUGAAUAAUGGAGGUAAAAUAUAUAUAAGUUAAGACCAAAUAAUGUGAAUUUUCUUACUCAAUUAAGGAAAAGAACAAUAUUCAUUCAUAAAAAAAUAAACAUGGCAAACAAAUCAAGGGUCGUCGGUUGUGCUUUGGAUUGUUGUCCUGUAUGUUUCACUUAACAUUUCUGUCAAAUGGAUGUGGGGGUGGGGGGACACCCCCGGUGGCUCACCUGGUAGAGUGCGAACCACAUAUAAGGCUGAGUCCUUAUCGCAGUGGCCUGGGUUUGAAUUUGGCCCGGGCCCUUUGUUGCAUGUCAUCCCCUCUCUCUCUCUCUCUCUCUCUCUCUUCUCUGCCUUUCCUGUCUGUCUCUACUAUCGCAAUCAAAAAAACAAAAAAAAAUCUGAUUUUUACUUUUGUUAAGGCUUACGCUGUUGAAGCAAUGCAUUCUGUUGU